AUGGACCAAGAAAACAACACCCCCCCUCCCCCCCCACCCCCUCACGGCGAAAAACCCCAAACCACCCACGGCGAAUACCGCAAAUCCUCCGACCUGCCGCCGGGAAACUACGACAUCUUCAUCAUCCCGCCGCACUCCUCGGGGUCGGGCUUCCUGUACCUGCCGUCGUUGCAGCCGCAACGCAACAGCUUCAUUGCCGGCUGCGUGUGCACGCUCUUCGCCACCCUGCUGUGGGUCGUGCUGUCCCCGCUGCUGAAGGCCUGGUAUAGCGCCACCGUGGCGAGUGGGAGCGGGCUGAGUAUUGCGGUGUUGGCGAUCGGGGUGGGUGUGGCCGGGUGGGCGUUUGGUGCGUCGCAGGUUGAUAAAAGUGGUGGUGGACGGGGACGACGGGCGAAUUUCGGGUUUGGGUCCGCGGGUGGUGGGCCGAAUGCUGGUCCCGGCGCGGGUGGAUCCGGGGAGUAUGCGCGGGGGCAGAAUUAUGGGGGUGGGCAGGGACAGGGACAACAACAGCAGGGACAGCAGGGUCAGAGUCAAGGACAGGGUCACUACGGGGCAGGCUUUAGUUCGGGUCCGUCGCCCGGUGCGGGUCACUACGGCGGGAAUCAGUACGGCGGUUCUCAUCAGCAGCAGCAGCAGCAGCAGCAGCAGCAACAGCAACAACAGCAGCAACAACCACCCCCACCGCAAAGCGGUCCCCAAAAGACAGGUUCGUCCGCGACCGGCUCCUCAAGCAAACCGCAAAGUGGCGCUGAUUGGGAGAAGGCGCGUGAAGAGACACGACGAAAGGAGGAACUCCGACGAAAGAUGGAAGAGUUCAAGCGGAAGCGAGAGGCCGAGCAGCGCGAGAAGCAAAAGCAGCGGGAGCGGGAGGCGAUGGAGCAGGAAUUGCGCGAGCGGCGCGAGCAACUGGAGAAAGAGAUGGCGGCAGCCAAGGAGGCCGCGGCGCGGGAAGCCCGCGAACGAGCGGACCGCGAAGCCGCGGCGGCCAGAGCCAAGGCCGAGCGCGAAGCCGCCGAGGCGCGAGCCCGCGCGGAUCGAGAAGCCGCCGAAGCCCGCGCCAAGGCCGAGAAAGCCGCAGCCGACGCGCGCGCCAAAGCCGAGCAGGAGGCAAAGGAGGCGCGAGAGAAGGAGCAGAAACGCGCUGCGGAGGCCCGCGAGCGCGAACAGAGGCGAGCCGCGGAGGCCAAGGCCCGCGCGGAGCGAGAAGCCGCCGCCGCCAAGGCGCAAGCGGAGAAGGAGGCGGCGGAGGCCAAGGCCAAGGCGGAGAAGGAGGAGGCGGAGCGCAAAGCAGCCGCCAAGAAAGAGGCCGACGCCAAAUUCGCAGCCCUCAAGGAGGCCGCCGCGAAGAAGUACGCGGAGAAGAAGGCCAAAGACGCCCAGGAAGCCGCCGCCGCCGCUGCCAAAGAAGCCGCCGCUGCCAAAGCCGCCGGCAGUCAGAAGCCGAAACCUUUCCCCUCCCCCAAGAAACCCGCCUACACCACAUCCUCCCGCACGGACACCGACGACGCCUACUCGUUCCGCCCGCACGACCGGCCCCGUCGCCCCUACGGCACCGGCUCCUCGGUGUACUCCGAAUCAUCGUACGCCCCGUCCCAGUCGACCGCACGAACAUCCCCCCCACCCUCCAACCGCGGGCCCUACGAAACCAAAGACCCCGACAAGAUCGUCGUGAAGGGGGUAUACGCGUUCAACGACGCGUUCGUCCGCAGCCCGGUGGCGCAGCUCGUGUCGGGCCAAGGCAUGGUCAGCGACGGGCUGGUGCUCCGAAUCACGACGGAGGGCCUCUUCAUCGACGACGACGUGCGGGGCGUGGGGCAACGCGAAUGGGACGUCAAGGCGUGGACGAUGAAACUGGUCGAGGUGUGGUGUCCGCAGUUCGGGGCGCAGAAACAGCCGGGGAAUCACCGGCGGUCGCCCAACGAGCCCACGUCCGAGGAAUCCGAGGCCUAUCUAGGGAACCUGCUCAAGGUGUGCAAGAACACGUGUCGGUUGUCGACGAGGGGUGGCGAGGAUCAGACCAGUCUGCAUGUGUUGAGGGCGUCGGUGCGCGAUCACGAGGGGAAACGCUAUGUGUUUGUGUUGCAGGAGACGGAGGGGUGGAAGGUCGCGAUUGGGUUGCAGAGGUUACGAAGGGGGUCGUUGUCCCGGGCGCUCGGGGUUAUGAAUUUGUCGGUUAACGAGAGUAGGUUGAUUCUAGGGGGGUUGGGGUAUGAUUGAUUGAUUGAUUGAUUGGUGUGAUGAGUUUCUUUUAUGUCUUGAUGAAGGCUUGUUUUGUUUGUGAUGAUGACGAUGAUG